AAGAAAUAGCAUACCUUCUCAAGGAAACAGAAUCUGAAGGGUCUCACUAGAAGAAAAGUGGUAAAAAAAAAUCAAAUCUAUUUUUUUUUUUUUGCCUCACCAAGAAAAUGGGUGGAUGUAGAACAACAACAAACCAUUUUGUGGAUGUAGAACAACAACAACCAUUUUGUUUGGAGACAUAUUAAAAAAACAGACAUUUUUGUAUAUAUAAAUAUACAUCCAAUGUUCUGAUUAAACCAUGAUGAUGGUGUUGAUGAUGAUCAGUGCCGGCUCAGUUUUGAUGGUCCAAAAUUUUUUAAAAUGUUUUUUGAAGAAAAUGUUAACAUUUUUAAAGACCAAAAAUAAAUAUACAUAUAUUCUAAAUAUAUUUUUAUUUUACAUGUUUUCAUAUCUAAAUUCAAUAACAUUCUAUACAACAGACUUUUUUUAAAAAAAAAAUAUGCAAAAAAAAUGUGUUUUUUUUUUAUUAUAAAAGGCCCCCUGCUAUAAACCAUGAGCCGGCUCUGAUGAUGAUGCAACUUACUUGGCAUCAUCACGUGAUGCAAAGCCGUUAAAGAAGAAACCGUUGUAUAACGAACCUUAUCGGCGAAAAGGCUUCACAAAUCUCUUUCUCUCUGCUUUCGCGUUCCUCUGUUUCCACUAAAUAGUGCUGACGAUUCCUUGGAAGAAAAGCUUCGAGAACAGACAACAAUGGCGGAAAGAUCCUUCUCGCAGCUCCCGAUCUCUUCAUCUCACGGCGGCAGGAGGAUGAUGAACACCAGGAGAGGAGUUUUUCCGGUGUCGGAGUACUGGAUCCACGCGAUUCCGGUCAUCAUCUUCCUCUGUUUCUUCACGCUCUGGUUCUUCUCCCACUCAGUGAGCUUGGACGAGGGCAGUGGUGAGAUCAUGUCAGUGCGUCUUCUCGAGAAAUCAAUGGCCGUGAGAAACGAGUCUCAUGUGAGCUUGGCGGUUCUUGCUUCCUCCGCCGUCUCACCAGCGACUUCUAACCAGACUCUGACUAUUCAUCACAACGUUACGCAACCGCACAGUGCGACUGACAAGGCUGAGAUUCGUAAACGGGAAGAGGUAAAGGCGAAAGGGAAGAAGAAGAAAGGAGGUAGAAAAGAGAAGAUGGAGAAAGAUAUCAACAAGUCCAAAUCGGUGAAGAAAGCAAAGAAGUCACUCGCCGGCUAAGUGCUAACAGUCUUGGAGAAAAGCUCUUCACGGUGAGACUUUUUCACUGAGUACUUCCAUGAACGAUCAAAGGCAGUGAAAUUCUUUUUAGGAAUUGCGUUUUUUCUUUGUAUAGCUAUGAUCGUGCUGUUGUUGCUGUUGAGAUUCUUGAGUUUGUGCUGAUACUCUUGUUGUAGUUUGAGCUUUCCUUUUUUUUUAAGUCAAAGUUUUUGUGAGAGCAUGUC